AUGUCUCUUGCUGCAAUGGCCGUUCCAACGACUGCCAGUACUACUGUGAAUGAGCAUUUACUUUCGACGAAUGACGGGCUUGCACGUCCGCGCAGACUGUCCGUAACAAAUGCAAAUGCGCUGGCUAAUUUCAGUGAGCUGGAAUCGCACUUUCGAAACCACCGUCUCGUGGUUUUCCUAGACUAUGACGGCACAUUGACGCCAAUUGUAAAUGACCCGGCAUUGGCACUGUUAUCGCCUACGAUGAAGGACACACUAGAAAAGCUGCGCGAGAAGUUUAUUACUGGAGUGAUUACGGGUAGGUCGCUGCACAAGAUUCAGGAAUUCGUGAGUAUCCCGCAGCUUUAUUACGCCGGUAGCCAUGGCUUUGAUAUUGAAGGUCCAGACGGCACCUCUAUUAAGAACCAAGUGGCGGCACAAUUUCUAUUAGACCUGCAUGGGCUUCGUGAUGAACUGAAAGAGCAGAUAAAAGACAUUACAGGAGCUGAAGUAGAAGACAACAUAUAUUCGGUGUCACUACACUAUCGAAACGUCGAUCCAGCUGUGCAGCCGCAGGUUUCAAGCCUCGCGUACAACAUGCGGGACAAGCAUUCACGUAUUAAAUUGAACGAAGGCAAGAUGGUUUAUGAGUUUAAGCCUAAGAUUGACUGGAAUAAAGGCAAGGCGCUGUUGUGGCUUUUACAAACGCUUGAGCUGGACGAGCAUGAUGACGUCUACACUAUUUAUAUCGGUGACGAUACUACUGACGAGGACGCGUUUCGACUUUUUCAGACGCACUACAAUCGCAAGGGCGUAGGCAUUGUAGUUACCGAGGAGAGCAUGUCGACGGACGCUUCGUUUACACUUCGUGACACCAAUGAGGUCUGUGAGUUUUUGAACCGCUUGAUUGCGUGUGAUGAACAUGUGAGAAGCGCACCGAGUAGUCCACAGCCAACAGAUCCCCCUCCGCCGCAGUAG